AGUACGAGCGGGCAUGUGAUAGCUUAGCGAUCGUUGUUGCGAUACGGUAGGACCCAGUCACGGUCGUUCCAAGUGUACACGUGAGUUUCAAAUGAACGGACUCUCGUUUCAUUCAGAAAGUACGAAGCCGUGAUUGUGCUAGCCGCGAAGUCGCGUUUCGGGUCUGUGUCGGCACGUCGCCAUCCAGUUUUCCACAACAGAACACGUGCUUUUCCCGAAAUUGCUAUUUUUCACGAAAUGGAUACGACACUGGAAUCGAUCAGAUGGGAAAAUGGCAAGCUAGAAAUUCUGGACCAAACUUUAUUGCCCCGGACCAAAUAUAUACCUGUCACAGGCGUGGAAGAUGGUUGGCACGUCAUUCGUAAUAUGCAGGUCCGAGGUGCACCAGCUAUAGCCAUUGUGGGCUGCCUUAGUUUGGUUGCGGAGAUUACGAAGGAUGAUCAUAGAGAUAAAAAGAGUCUCCGUCAAGAUGUCGAAGGCAAAUUGAAUUAUUUAGUCUCAGCACGACCUACUGCUGUUAAUAUGAAAAUAGCAGCUGAUGAAUUAAUUCACUUAGCUAAUAAGCUCACUAAAGAUACUACUGUUAAUAUUGAUCAAAUGAAAGAAAGCUUAAUCGAUAGUGUAGAAUUAAUGUUGAUAAAGGAUAUUGCUGAUAACAAAGCUAUUGGGGACUUUGGAGCUGAAGAAAUUUUGAAGCACACGCAUGGAGAUGGUGCUGUUAAGAUCUUGACUCAUUGUAACACUGGGAGCUUGGCGACUGCAGGUUAUGGCACAGCUUUAGGUGUUAUUAGAUCUCUUCAUAAGAAACAUAAUCUUGAUCACGCAUAUUGUACAGAAACCAGACCUUAUUUUCAAGGUGCGAGACUGACUGCCUACGAAUUAGUUUACGAAGGUAUUCCUGGAACUCUUAUUUGCGAUGACAUGGUAGCAGCAUUGAUGAAGUCGACAAAUAUCUCCGCAGUAGUAGUCGGAGCAGAUAGAGUGGCCGCGAACGGCGAUACUGCUAAUAAAAUUGGAACAUAUCAAAUCGCAAUAGUGGCGCAGUAUCAUAAUGUUCCUUUCUAUGUAGCGGCGCCACGGACGUCUAUAGACUUUAGCAUUCCAUGUGGCGAUUAUAUUGUUAUCGAGGAAAGGCCGGAGAGAGAAAUGUCUCAUAUAAAAAACGAACGAAUUGCUUCGUGUGGUAUACACUGCUGGAAUCCGGCGUUCGAUGUAACUCCGGCCAGGCUGAUCACGGGCAUCAUUACAGAAGUCGGAGUAUUCAGGCCGAAGGACUUGAUAAAGUUGAAGACCGAAAGAAAUUAGAACGUAUUCAUUGAUUGCGAGCGAAGAAGAGUGCUUCCGGAUGCGAUUGUAUAAAUAAGUUAGUCGCUGAUUUUAGUAAUAUGCGAAGGAGAUCGUUGGCGGCUCUUGUUUAUUUGAUGAAAUUCGUGUUACAAUAAUGUAAUUCACGUGUUGCGCUUAUUUAAACAUAUAAGUCUGAUUAGAUGAAGUAAAAUGCAUUGUACGUAAACGUGUUUGCGUUUGAAAAUGCCUUGUUAUCUUCACUGUGAUUUUUACAUAUAUAUUUGUAAUGAUAAACGUUUUGUACGGAUAGUUGUAUAGAGAAAAGAAAAGGAAGGAGAUAUACGGUUAAAAUAUAAAAUUUAGCAAAAUGCUCAUCAA